AUUAUUUUUACUGUCAUUGUCAAAGCCAAAAAAUGGCCGAUGCUUGUCAGGUUAUUCGAAAACAAGAUUUGCCUCCUCCAGGGGGCUAUAAACCGAUUCCUUUUAAAAGAAUACCUGCUAAACAAUACUUUAGUGGGUACACUCUAUUCGCUGGUUACAUUGGUAUGACCAUUGGUGCAAUCUAUUUGUAUAAUUUAACUGCACAAAGAAUAAAGAAACAUGAGAUCGAAAUGCGAUCCUCAAAGAUGGCCAUUUACCCAAUGUUACUGGCUGAACGAGACAGGGAGUACUUGAAGCAACUCAGAAGAAACCGGGAUGCGGAGGCUGAGCUAAUGAAAGAUGUUCCUGGAUGGGAGGUUGGUACAUACUAUGGUGAGCCUGUAUACAAGCUUGUGCCCCAAGAUGCUCUUGUAGAGCCAAUCUUCCAUGAAUACUAUGCACACACCAACCCAUCCGAUUGGUUCAGGAGGGCUUACAUUAAACUGCGCUCUUAAACAAAUGUUUUGGUCUAUUCCUCAAUACUUAUCGCAUUAGCUUUUAAUCAACAUGCAAAUUUGUUACAUGGAUAUAUUUGUUUUAAAAAGUUGAGAAAUGGACUAAAUUAGUAAAAAUAGUGUGCAGAGGUAAUUUAUGU